GCGAGCGAGCGAGCCAUGGCCGGGCCGGGCGGAGAGGCUCUGCCGGGGCCCGUGCAGAUCCGUGUGGCCAUCCAGGAGGCCGACGACGACGUGGAGGAGCCCGAGGAUGACGAGGAGAUGCGGGGCUCGGGCGACGCGGCCCGCUACCUGAGCCCGGGCUGGGGCAGCGCCAGCGAGGAGGAGCCGAGCCGGGGACACAGCAGUGCCACAAGCGGAGGUGAGAAUGAGCUUGAGGAGCUGGAUCCGGAGUGGAAGCCCCCGGACGAAGAGCUGAUCAAGAAGCUGGUGGAUCAGAUUGAAUUCUACUUUUCUGAUGAGAACCUGGAGAAGGAUGCCUUCCUGCUGAAGCAUGUGAGAAGGAACAAGCUGGGCUAUGUGAGCGUCAAGCUGCUCACCUCCUUCAAGAAGGUGAAGCACCUUACACGGGACUGGAGAACCACAGCGCACGCCUUGAAGUAUUCAGUGACCCUUGAGCUGAAUGAGGACCACCGGAAGGUGAGGAGGACCACCCCCGUCCCACUGUUCCCCAAUGAAAACCUUCCCAGCAAGAUGCUCCUGGUCUAUGACCUACACCAGUCCUCCAAGCUAUGGGCCCUGGCCAGCCCCCAGAAGAACGGAAGGGUCCAGGAGAAGGUCAUGGAACAUCUCCUCAAGCUCUUUGGGACGUUUGGAGUCAUCUCAUCGGUGCGCAUCCUCAAACCUGGGAGAGAGCUGCCGCCUGAUGUCCGCAGGAUCAGCAGUCGGUACAGCCAGGUGGGCACCCAGGAGUGUGCCAUUCUGGAGUUCGAGGAGGUGGACGCAGCCAUCAAAGCCCACGAGUUCAUGGUCGCAGAAUCUCAGGGCAAAGACAACAUGAAAGCUGUACUGAUUGGCAUGAAGCCACCAAAAAAGAAACCUCUCAAAGAUAAGAGCCACGAUGAGGAGUCCACGGGCACCGUCCACCUGAGCAAGUCACUAAACAAGAGAGUGGAAGAGCUUCAGUACAUGGGAGACGAGUCUUCUGCCAACAGCUCCUCUGACCCUGAGAGCAAUCCCACGUCGCCCAUGGCUGGCCGGAGACAUGUGGUCACCAACAAGCUUAGCCCUUCUGGCCACCAGAGUCUCUUUCUGAGCCCAAACGCCUCCCCCUGCUCCAGCCCUUGGAGCAGCCCCUUGGCCCAACGCAAAGGCGUUUCUAGAAAGUCCCCACUGGCCGAGGAAGGCAGACUGAACAACGGCACCAGCCCUGAGAUCUUCCGCAAGUGCAUGGAUUACUCCUCCGACAGCAGCGUCACCCCCUCGGGCAGCCCCUGGGUGCGGAGGCGCCGCCAAGCCGAGAUGGGGACACAGGAGAAAAGCCCCGGGGCUAGUCCCCUGUUGUGUCGGAAGAUGCAGACAGCAGAUGGCUUGCCUGUGGGGGUGCUGAGGCUGCCCAGAGGUCCUGACAACACCAGGGGCUUCCAUGGUGGACACGAGAGAAGCAGAGCCUGUGUAUAAUACCUUCUAUUUUUACUGCCAGCUCCA